ACAAGAAAAGUAUACAUCCUCUUUAGCCAUAUGCCUUUUCUUUGUUGCUACUCCUUCAUCUACUUGACUUGUUCUUUCUUAUUAAGGAAAGAGAUUUAGCCUCCGUUUGCUUGUGUUAAUAUAUGAGCAAAGGCUUUAGAGUUCCACCUUUAGCAUUUCAAGCAAUAUGAAUUGCUUCAAAGCACCAGCAUUAAUGAUCAUGUCCAUCAUAUUUUUCUCCAUAUCAUUGGACUUGGUUUUUUCUCAGACCAAUAGUCUCAACAAGUGUGUCCUGGAUAUGAACAUUUCAGGGGAGGCCUGUACAACUUUAGACAAUUACACUUGGGAUGGUUUUUUAAAUGAUCACCCUUGUUGUGGAUUAGCUUUCAAUACAUAUUUACGAGCAUUGGCACGUUGGACUAACCAAACAAGACAUGAUAUCUUUCUCAAUUCCACACAACAAAGUGACUGCUUGACUUUGAUGAAUAAUAACAAUAGUAGUACUUCUGAUAACUUUAGGUGUGGCAUUGAAAAGUUGACUAGUACUGGUGCAGGAGGCUGCUCUGAUUAUUCAGAGAUCGACGUUGAGAACAAACUAGGAAGCAGAUUGAAAAGUCUGAGAGAUGACUGUAGGCUAAUGGAUUCAGGAGGAGGACUUGCUAAGGGUUGCAAUAAGUGUUUGAGGACAUGGAGAGAAAUAGCGAAAAAUGAUACGACGAAACUUGAAGACGAUAUUUGUAGAUUUAGUAUGCUGAUUUUAUUAACAAGCCAAAGAGUUUCGGAUGAGAGUUGGGUUGACAAAAUUUUUCAUUGCCUAGGAAACGGUUCUCUUCCUUUAGCUUCUUCUGCGGAUGAGAGUGGAAAUGAAACUAGACGUCGGACUAAAUUUAAAACUGAUCUUUGGAUUCUAAUAGGUGGCGUAGUGGGUAUGGUGUUAGUAAUAAUCGUUGCGUUGUGGAUCUUAUCGAAAAGGAAGGCUGAAGUUAAACCAUCAAGUGGAAGAUACAUAUCAGAUGAAUCUUACUCCGACGAAUCAACCUAUCGUAGACUAUCACUUAAAGAAAUUUACUCCGCGACUGACAAUCUUUGCAUGUCCAACUUUAUAGGUCAAGGUCUAGCUGGGAAAGUAUACAAAGGAAUUCUGGCGGAUAGAAAACAUGUGGCAGUUAAGCACAUAAUUAAAGAUGAACAGAUGGAAACAUUUGUUAGAGAAGUUACAAGUCUCUCACAUAUCAAACAUCCGAACCUUGUAUCCCUGCUAGGCCAUUAUGAUGGACCAAAUGAAUGUUUUCUAGUUUAUGAGCUAUGCCACAAUGGAAAUCUUUCCGAAUGGCUAUUUGGUAAAAGUAAAUAUCUCUUGUGGAGACGCAGACUAGAAAUUGCACUUGAUUGUGCCCGUGGUCUCCUCUUUCUCCACUCAUAUCCUGAAGGCUCCAUUGUUCACCGGGAUAUCAAGCCAGCAAACAUUCUUCUAUCUGCUAGCUUUGAAGCCAAACUCUCAGACUUUGGUCUGUCCAAAAUUAUUAGCAUUGGCCACUCAUAUGCCAGCUCAGAAGUGAGAGGAACCUUUGGUUAUGUUGAUCCUGAGUACCAAAAGAACCGGCAUGUUAAUACUUAUGGUGAUGUCUAUAGCUUUGGGAUAGUGCUGCUACAACUUUUAUCUGGACAAAGGGUUAUCAACUUGGAUUUAAAGAAGCCUAUGCCUCUAAGUAAAAGGGCGAAAAACUUGACCAAAGGUGGGAACAUCAAAGAAUUUGCUGAUCCAAAACUGGAGGGAAAAUUCUCAAUGGUGGCAUUUGAACUUGUAUUUAAGCUAGCUUUGAGUAGCAUAGGGCUAAAGCAGCAAAGACCAUCCAUGGAACAGGUGGUUAUUAAACUCGAAGAGGCUCUUGAUUUAUCAACAAGAAUUGAGUCAGUCCAUCCUUAGUUCAAGUCAGUCCAUUCUCUUUAUCUGUUUAGUCCAGAUUGAAUCUGAUGAAUAUGAUAGCUCACGUACAAUUCACUUUUGUUUAAUGCUACCCAAGACUUCAGAAGUGAAUCUAGAAUUUAUAGUCAGUAGGUCCAGAAAGAGUUCAAUACAGUAGUAUAAAUUUUUCAUAUAUGUUCUUACGGAUCAAGCGGAAAGCAAUGGUUCCCAUUAACUCGCUGAAGAUCUGCCUUUGUACAAUUACUUCAGUUUCCUUUUAUGGACAUUUU